ACUGACCAUGUGGACCACCAGCGGCAGCUUUUGUCCUCUCUGAAGCCCCCCAGCACUCUUUUUCUUUUCAAACACCGAUGGCUGACCUGAGGCGGCAGGAGGACAGGGAGGAAGAGGAGGAGGAGAAGAAGGCGGAGACGGAAGAGGAGCAAGAAGGUGGUGUCCAGGGAAAACAAGCAGAUGCUUUGCCUUGCAGGCAACAGAAGAUCACCAUCAUCUCAGCAGAGCCGGCGGAUGCUAACAGCUGCUUCUCCGAAUCGUCUGUGCUCCUUCCUUCCUCCCAUCCAACAAGCUGCUCUGCUGGAAUCCAGGUGAUCAAAGAGAAGACCCAAGAGGAUCACAUCAUCCAGCCCACCGCAGCCCCCCGCCGCUCCUACAGGACCAGCACCAGGACCAGCACCAGGACCACCCAGACUGACCCAACGAGGAGCAAACAAUCUGAGGGACAAAAACCUCCAAAACCACCAAGACCGACCCCCCCCAGACGGACCGGUAAAGCUGGUCCACAGGAUUCAGAAGCCGAGUCAGAAUGUGCUGAUGAGUGGAGCAGAUCUGACGCUGUGCGCCGGGACGGUGCCGCAGAUUGGAGACCAACCCCUGUUCCUCUUCCCCGCACCAAGUCCAGACAGCACACAGAAGAUAAAGAUCAGGCAUUGGUCCACCUGGGUGAAGUGGCCAAUGACGUGGCGUCAGGUGCUGAUGCUGAGUCCUCCAGUGGAUAUUUGAAGGAGCUGCAAGAGGUCUUCAGGGAGGGGACACCAGGCGCACCGUCACUGGAGGAACCUUCUCACCUUGAGAUGAAUAAAAAUCCAGGAGAUAUCCGAGCUCGGAUCCAAGCCUUUAAGAGCCAGAGCGGCCCUGAGGACGGGAACCUGGCAGAAUCCACCAAACCCCAACCUCUUCCCAGAAAGACCACCAAGCCGCCGAUGUCCUCCAAACCCCCCAUGGCUGUGAGCUCGCAGUUGACCCACACGUUGGCCCCAUAUGUAGCCAGCCAAGCCCUUAUUCCGUUAGUGGCACCCGAGCCGAUGCCACCCUUGACCAGCCACGACGUGCAUGCACAAUUAGAGACGUUACCGGCCAAGGGUGGUCCCCCCCACCCACCACGCCCUGUGCUGCUGACCAGCCAAGGGGAGGAGCCUGCUGUACCUUUUCCUGGAAGAGCACCUGUGAAGCCUCCCAAGGAACUGCUGAAGGCCAACCUAAACAUCAACAACCACAACUCCACCUCCAUCUGGAACCACCACGACUCCCAUGUGGACCGUCCUUCAAAUCCCCCUCCUGGAGAGUCCGCGUCCAGGCCGGCUGUGACUAGAAGACCUACUACCAUCAGGGUCUCCAGCCAAACAGUGUCGGAGAGCCUUCAGGGUAAUCCUCCUCCACUUCCUGCCCAGAAGCCCGUAGGCUCCCUAAGGUCUACCAGCCUCCCAAAAGCAAAGUCCUCCGUCAGCAGUCCUGUACAGGGAUCUUUAGCACACAAACCCGCGCCAUCACUGCCACACGGGGCACAAAGUAGACCCAAACCACGACCACCUCCAGCCAAGCCCCCGCCCCACCACAUCCAAGCUGCAGCUCCAUUGGCUCACCCCCCCAAGCGAAUACCCGCCCUGCCCCCCAGGCCCAUCCCGGGCCACCGUCUUUACAACAAAUAUGUGCUGCCACGCCCUCGUGGAAUCACCACCUCUCACGUUAACAUGGGACAGCUCUCCUUCCAGGAUGACACACCACAGACCACAGACAGCAGACCAGGAAACCUGCUGAAGGUUCAAGUCCUGCAUGACUUCACGCCAGAGGGUCCAGGAGAGCUGGCUGUGAAGGCGGGUGACACCAUCGGCAUGGUGGAGAGGGUGGACGGUGAAUGGUACCGAGGAACUUUUCAAGGAGCCACCGGUUUCUUCCCUGUUAACUUUGUCAAAGUACUGCAGGAAACAUCCAAAAGCGUCCCUGAGAAGAAAAAGACGACAUCCUGUGUGAAAGUCAGUGGUCCAAGAUGCCUGGCCAGGUUUGACUUUCAGGGCGCCAACAGCCACGAGCUGACAUUCUCUGAGGGGGACGUGAUCCAGCUGAAGACCUACGUGGGCCGGGACUGGGCCCAGGGACAGAUGGGCGUCCAUACCGGAAUAUUCCCUCUGAACUUUGUAGAGGUCAUUGAAGAUCUACCCCCGCCUACCACACAGCAUGACAGGAUGCUACUUCCUGGCGUGGCAGAUCCUCCCCAAGCAGAAGCAGCCAAACCGGCUCAGGCCCCAGUGGAGUGGGCGGAGGCUUUGUACGCCUUUGAUGCAAAGUCCCCAGACGAGCUGUCAUUCAAGCAAGGUGACUGCAUCCUGCUUAGCGAGCACAUUGAUGGCCAGUGGAGCAGGGGGAGACUGGAGGACAGAGAAGGAAUCUUUCCUAAAGCCUUUGUACAAACAUACACUGCAGGCCCCAUGACGCUUGGUCAGCAUGCAGAAGGUUCCAGUGGAGUGAAGGGCAGGGCCAUGUAUGACUUCACAUCACACUGUGAUGAGGAACUCUCAGUGCAGGUUGGAGAUGUGAUCAACAAGCUGGAGUCCAUUGAUGAGGAAUGGUUCCUUGGCGAGUUGCGGGGGAAACAAGCUCUCGUUCCCAAAAACUAUGUACAAGUCAUGUGAUGUGAAGUAUUUCAAUGUGUUUCUAGGGGUCUUUGAUCAUUGUGGAAUAAAAAGGUAAAGUGCACCAUCUGGUGGCCUUUG